AUGGAAGUGCAUUUUGGACAGGCUCCGCUCACCGUUACGCACAGGCACGGUGGAGUCAAUCAGCUUGGCGGUGUCUUCAUUAACGGCCGCCCGUUACCUCACGUGGUGAGACAGCACAUCGUGGAGCUCGCGCAGCAGGGCGUGCGUCCCUGUGAGAUCUCCCGCCGCCUGCGCGUCAGUCACGGCUGCGUCAGCAAAAUACUGGCCAGGUACAAUGAGACAGGAAGCAUCAGACCCGGACUGAUCGGGGGCUCUAAGCCCAAAGUGGCCACUCCCCAAGUUGUGCAAAAGAUCCUCCAACUGAAACACCACAACCCCACCAUGUUCGCCUGGGAGAUCCGAGACAGGCUGCUGCUGGAGCAAGUGUGUGACCAGAACAGUGUGCCCAGCAUCAGCUCCAUCAACAGAAUCAUCAGGAAGAAAGUUCAGUCCGAAUCUUGUGAAGCUGUGUCCUCAGCAUCAUCAGUUGCCAUGGGAACAGCCUGUUCCUCCCCAACCAGCUUUUCCAUCAGUGGGAUUCUGGGAAUCUCAAAAUAUAGCUGCAAGAUACCAGAAGCAGGGGACAUCUCUUGCAGUGUGUACCAAGACCAGCCGUGUUCAUGUUAUGACACCUGGGGACAGCCGGACCCCUGCAUGAUCUCUCUGUCCAGCUUGACCUCUUAUACAAGCCUGCCAGCUAAUCGUAAUCCAGACGUGAUGGGACCUUCGUGUCAGUGCAGCUGAAUAAGGAGCCCUGAGAAGAAAAAAUAUCACCGCUUUAGUGCCACAAACAGGAUGACUGCAGAACUCGUUUAACUGUAAUUAUAUUUAUUACUAUCACCGAGAUAGAAAUCUGGAUCAUAAUCGAAAACAUGUGGAAAUAAAACCAAGAUAA